AUGAUUUGUUAUUCGCCUGCAAUUCCUCCAUCAGCAGCCGCUCAUGAGCUCUUCCGUGGCUUCUCUUUUGUUUCCCCAGCUGUGGUAGAUGAAAAGAAGGAGGACAAGAAAAUCCGAACGAUUCCCACAGCAAAAACACAUCCCAUCACCGAUGACUACAUCCUGAAAGAGGAAGUCGGAACCGGAACGUUCUCGAUUGUUCGACGCUGCAUAAUGAAAACGACGAAACGCGAGUUCGUCGUCAAGAUCAUCAAGAAAGCAGUUUGUGAUCCAUCCGAAGAGGUUGAUAUUCUUCUCCGUCAUGGACAUCACCCACACAUUGUAAAGCUGUUCGAUGUCUACGAAGAUGAAGCACACGUAAACCUCGUACUGGAGUACUGUCGUGGUGGUGAAAUGCUUGACAGGAUUUUAUCGAAGAAAACAUUUACGGAACGUGAAGCAGCGACAUCGAUGGCAAAUCUCGCAAACGCUGUUUACUACUUGCACUCCAACCAGGUGGCUCAUCGUGAUCUGAAACCGUCGAACAUCAUGUACGCGUCCAGUAGUUGUGAAUCGGAUUCGCUACGUAUCAUCGACUUUGGUUUCGCCAAACAGUCUCGAGCCGAAAACGGCAUGCUCAUGACACCCUGUUACACCGCUCAAUUCGUUGCUCCGGAAAUACUGAAGCGCCAAGGAUAUGAUAGGUCAUGUGAUGUAUGGUCACUGGGUGUCUUACUGUACGCGAUGUUAUCCGGCCAAACACCCUUCGCUAUGGGACCCAACGAUCCAGCUGACGAGAUCCUGAAACGCGUCGACGAAGGUCGCGUCACGAUGGAGGGCAAGGCAUGGGAGGACAUCAGCGAUAACGCGAAGGAUCUCGUGCGUAAGCUACUGGAUGUGGAUGCGUCGCGGCGUCCUACUGCGAAGCAAAUCCUCCAACACCCUUGGAUUACUCACAGAAACAGUAUCCCAGCUACCACAAUUGUAAAUAAUGUGUACAACGUAGAAUCGGUCAAGGGAGCUCUUGAGCAAACCUAUCGAGCGCUAACAACGACCAGUUCCGUCAACCUCCGUCCAGUUAACGCUUCGGCGUUGGCCAAGCGACGAUUGACUCAGUUGCCAAAAAUGGGUGUCUGUUCGUCCUGA